AAUCAAACGCACAAGGCAAAAACUUGAGCUCCCUCCGGGGAGCACAGGCUGGCCAUUCAUUGGUGAAACUCUUGAAUAUAUUUCACUUGCCAAAAAGAAUUGCGUUGAAAAAUUCAUAUCUGAGAGGCAAAAGAAAUACUCCUCCAACCUUUUCAAGACCUCAUAUGCCGGCGAAAAAAUGGUGUUCAUGUGCAGCCCAGAGGCAAAUAAAUUCAUGUUCGCGAAUGAGAACAAGCUUUUGAAGCCCUGGUGGCCAAGAAACAUCGGCAAAAUCUUUGAGGUUUUGGAUAAAUUAAGCGAAAGCAAGAAGCACGAGCUCGCCAGCAUGCGCAAAAAUGUGUCUACAUUAUUCAACCAGCUCGAUGCAAUGCAAAAAAAUGUCGGAAUAAUUGAUUCCAUUGCAAGAAAGCAUUUACAGACGCAUUGGAUUGAUUGCAAAGAAGUUGUUGCCCAUUCUCUAGCGAAGAAGUAUACUCUGACGAUAUCGUUUCGAUUGAUGUUAAACGUUCAGGAUUCGGCGACGGUUGAAGAGCUUGAGAAAUUGUUUAAUUGCAUAAUGAGUGGGAUGUUUGCAUUGCCUAUAAACAUUCCUGGGACAAAAUUUAACCGAGCAAUCAAAGCGUCGAGAGGGAUUCGAAAGAAGAUUGAGGAGAUAGUUAGGAAGAGGAAGAUUGAAAUCCUGGAGAAUAUUGAUAAGUCUUUAGAUUCAUCUAAAGAUUUGUUGUCCUUGUUGAUUCUGGAGAAAAUCAAGGAGAAUGAAGAGGUGAUCGAAUCUGAAAUCGCCAACAUGAUUUUAGUGUACAUUGUUGCUGCUUAUGACAGUACAAGCACCACCAUAGCUUCCACUGUCAAAUAUCUUGCUGAGCUGCCUCAAGUUUAUGAAGAAGUCCGCAGAGAGCAAAUGAAGAUAGCAAAUUGUAGAGGACAAGAAGAAGCUUUGAAUUUGGAGGAUAUAAAAAAGAUGAGCUACUCAUGGAAUGUUGUAAGUGAAGUGUUAAGGUUGCAACCAACAAGCUGGACCUUUCAGAGAGGCCAUUACCGACUUAGCUUUGACGGAUUUUAA